CGCCUACAACGUGUACAAGGUGGAGACGAUCGGCGACGCUUACAUGGUGGUGGGGGGGCUGCCCGUCCGGGUGCCGGAUCACGCCGAACAGGUUCGGCUUGGCGUAUCCACAUGUCAGAAGCAACGAAAAUCCGAUUGGAGAAGGCUGGAGGAUACCAGAUCGAAUACAGGGGGCCUACGGAAAUCAAAGGCAAAGGCACCAUGGACACCUACUGGCUGCUAGGAAAAUCCGGGUUUGAUAAGCCUCUACCAGAUCCUCCAUCUGUUGAUCUGGACGAGAGCCUCAUUAUAAGCUGCUCGCUGAAUCACAAUUCGUACGACAACUUGGAGGAUUCCGCCUCGCUGGAUUCGAGGCAUCUACCAGCCGACGAUCACGUUAAUAAGUCGCCGAGAAUCAAUCCGUCAUUCAUGAGGAACAUGGAGCACUCAAAGUUCUCCAGCUUGGUCAGGACCAUCGAUGAUUUCGGUCAGAGGUCCGUGGACCACCAUAUGGUCAAAAGCUCCUCCAGCGAAACUCCCAUCGUGCUGGGCACGCCCGUGUCCGCCUCCGAAGUGGCUGCCGCCCUCCUGGGGGCCUCCACCAGCUCCCUGGGCGGCUUCCGCAGGCACGUGAAGAUCGAGGAGGAGGACCUGAGCACCCCGUACAACCACUACAGGUGCCUCAGCCCGAGGCAGCGGGUGGGAAAAGUGCUGCGCAGGCAGUUCAGCCUGGACAGGGCCGAGGAGGUGGCGAGGGUCGACGAUCGUCUGUUGCGUACGAGUCCGAGAUUGUGCAAACAGAAUUCUGCAGGAGCGGCGGACUUGGAAAGGAUCGAAGAAAUCCCAUUAAGGAUUCCAUCUUCGUCUCCCGUGUCUGUGGUCUCGCCGAUCCAAUGCACCUUGUCCAUUUCAGUGGAUUCUCUGAUACACUAG